AUGGCCCAUCAACAGUUUUCCGGUAAGCUUCAAGAAGAAGUGAUUUGCCCCAUUUGCAUGGAUAUUCUGCAGUACCCUGCUACCAUCGACUGCGGGCACAACUUCUGCCUCAGUUGCAUCACUCAGAGCGGGGAAGCAGCAGACAGCAUCAUUAAAUGUCCCCUCUGCAACAAAAUUGUGAGGAGGGACACAAUCACGCCCAACUGGCUCUUGGUAAAUCUGGUGGAGAAAAUCCAAGCUAUGGAUCCCUCGGAGAUGCAGCCAGAAAAGGAAGAGCUGAGAUGUCUAAGGCACGGAGAGAAAUGUCAUUACUUCUGUGAUGUCGAUGGCAAGUUCCUCUGCGUGGUGUGUUGUCAGUCCAAGGACCACAAAACCCACAACGCAACUCUGAUAGAAGAAGCUGCCCAGAGUUAUCAGGAGCAGAUCCAAUCACAAAUUGAGGUCUUGCAGCAAAAGGAGAGGGAGAUAAUUCAGACAAAGUCACAAGGUGAACACAAGAUCAAUGUCUUCAUGACCCAGGUGGAAUUAGAGAAGCAGAAGGUCAUCACAGCCUUCAACCAGCUGCAUCAGGUGCUAAAGGAGGAGAAGAGCUUCCUCUUGUCCCGGAUCAACUGGCUGGGUCAGGAGAUCUCCAAGGGGGAGAAAUUCUAUGUCGUUUCCACCAAGACGCAGCUGAACAAUCUCAGGAAGCUUAAGGAUUCCCUGAAGUCCAGGCAGUGUCUGCCGCCAGGCCAGCUGCUCCAGGUGAUUCAGCCAUAUCUUCCUAGGAGUGAAGGAUUUCGCUUUCUCAACCCAACCCCUGUUUCAAUGGGCCUGGAGAAAAAACUCAGUGACAUCAAAUCACGGCAUGAUUCCCUCACAGAGAGCCUGAAGAGAUUCAAAGACAAUCUCCAGGCUGACAGCAAGAAAGAUAAAAGCAAAUUCCUCAAAGGCAUGACUGAGGAAGACAGAAAGAGCUGGUACCUGUCAGAGAAAAACUAUCCUAUAGUGAACAAAACCUCGGAGCCUGAGUCGACCCCUCCAGUUGACAGAACAACUAAAUCAGUGCUGCCAAAUCCCAAACUCUCAGUUUCACUCGGCCCACUCUUCCGGAGCCGAAACACGCCCUCUUUUGUUUCUUAUUCAUCAAACCUGGACAGCUCUGAGAACCUGGGGAGCCCUGGAGUUACGAAUAUUGAAGAGCUCAAGACGGUGAUUGACCCACUGAUCCUGGAUGCGGCCUCGGCUCACCCAGAUCUCAUCAUUUCCCAGGAUCUGAAGACAGUGACGCUGAUGCCGGUUCUUCAGAGCGUCUGCGCUGAGCCCACCGACCCGGAGCGCUUCUAUCCGUUCCGCUGUGUCCUGGGCUUGCCAGGCCUCUGCUCCGGCUGCCAGACCUGGGAGGCGGAGCUCCAAGGGCCCGGGGGCGGGGGCUGCGUGGUGGGCGUGGCCUCGGAGCCAGUACCUAGGAAGGGCAUGCUGCAGAUAGAGCCCUUGAGUGGCUUUUGGGCGCUGCGCAUCGCGGGCUCCGAGUGCCAGGCGCUCACCGGGGCCGGCACCCGCGAGGAUCUCUCGGUCUGUCCCAGGAAAGUGGGCGUCCGCGUGAAUCACGAGUGCGGCGAGGUCGUGUUCUGCGACGCCACCACGAGCAACCACCUCUACACCUUCCACGCCUCGUUUCCAGGGCAGAUCUUCCCCUUUUUCCGGCUCCUGUUUCCCGGCACCCAGAUCACCCUGAGUCCCUAGAGUUGUUCCUUUGCUUUCCUCUGCGUCUCCUCUCCGUUACCCCCUCGCUUUGGGAUGUGUGGGAUGUGUGCGGUAGGGUUGAAGCUAGACUUCCAGGAACACUUUAGGAAAGUUACACUUUUUUGGCUUCUUGAUGGAGGCCUGAUAUCUCUGAAAUUCCUCCCACGGCCCCCACCCCACCCUUUACUUUUACCUUCUUUCUUUCAGUCCCCCUUUCUCCCCAGUGUACCUAGGUUAAAAAGGAAGCUUCAAAUACACAAGGCUAUUUAUUGUCGCAUUAUAAAUCAAUAGGUAACAGUGAAGAUUCUGCAAUGAGAAUGUUGGUUGAGAUGCAGAUUUCAGGGGACCACACACUGAUUUGAGGCUGUGGCUUUUAUCCUCGAUGCCCUUGAGAGUGUGUGCAGGCUUGGCCCAUCUAGACCUCUUGCUUUUGAGGGACCUGAAAAACAUGACGCUGGAUCGCUGGUGGUUGUCUCCCCAGAGACUCAGUCAGGUCUAGACCUUUUGCAAGUGAGGACUAUCUGUCUAUUAUUUUAGGAUGACCUCCAGGAUAUAUUAAGUGAAAAAAAGCCAAGAUGGAGAAUAGUGCACACAGCAUGUUACACGUUACCUAAGAAAAGGGGAAAUGUAAAUAUACAUUUUUUUAGCUUGUAUUUAUUUUUUAAGUGGAAGGAUAAACCAAAACCUAACAAAAACACUUACUUUUGGGAGGAGGGAAAACCAAGUGGAAGACAUGGAAAUUAGGCUUUGGAAUUAUGUAAAUGUUUUACAUCAUUAUAAAACAAACUUAAAUUAAAACAAGAGGAACCUAACUGUGUAUGUAGUUGGUAGCUUAAAUUCUCUGUAUUUGGUAACUUC